AUGUUAGUGAAUCACCUGUGCAAAGCUCAUAGGGUAGACGAUGCAUUAGAUAUGCUUAAAAAGAUGAAGGAAGGAAGUGAUGGAAUCUCCAUAAAACCAGAUGUGGUUCUUUACAACACUCUAAUCGAUGGUUUAUGCAAAGUGGGAAGGCAAGAAGAAGGUUUCUUGUUAAUGGAACAAAUGAAAUCAGAACAUAAUUGUGCUCCAAAUGUUGUAACCUACAACUGUUUGAUAGACGGGUUUUGUAAAUCAGGUGAAAUCGAACGUGCACACGAGCUUUUUGAUCAAAUGAACAAAGAGAACAUUGUUCCAAAUGUGAUUACAAUAAACACUUUGGUAGAUGGAAUGUGUAGAAAUGGAAGAAUCAGUAACGCAAUGGAGUUCUUUAGAAAAAUGCAAGAAGAAAAGGGUAUAAAAGGAAACGCAGUUACUUUUUCUACAUUGAUUUCUGCUUUUUGCAAUGUGAAUAACAUCGAUAGAGCAAUGAGACUGUUUGAUGAGAUGGAGUCUUUAGGGUCUCCUGAUGCACUUGCUUACUAUAGUUUAAUUUCUGGUUUGACUCUAGCUGGAAGACCAGAUGAUGCUGCUUUUAUUGCUUCAAAAAUGAAAAAAUACGGAUUUUUACCGGAUCUUUUAACCUACAACACUUUAAUCGGUGGAUUUUGUAGAAAAAAGAAACUUGACAAAGCGGUUGAGAUUCUUAAAGACAUGGAAGAUUCCAAGAUCAAACCUGAUUCUGUCACCUACAAUACUCUAAUUUCAUACUUCACCCAAAAUGGGGACUUUGAAACUGCUCAUAAGUUCUUGAAACAAAUGGUAAAAGACGGAAAUGCCCCUACAGUAGUGACGUAUGGUACUCUCAUCCAUGGGCAUUGCUUGGCUGGGAAUCUUGAUGAGGGUUUAAAUCUUUUUGAGGAAAUGCUUAGAACAUCAAAGGUUGUUCCUAAUAAUGUCAUAUAUAAUAUAUUGAUUGAUUCUCUUUGCAAAUGUGGGAAAGUUGAUGAUGCUCUUUCAUUAAUGGAUGGGAUGUUAGAGAAAGGUGUUAGACCAAAUACUACAACAUAUAAUGCGAUGCUGAAAGGGCUUUCAAGUAGAAAUAGGUUGAAAGAUGCAAGUAGGCUUAUGAAUCAGAUGACAACUCAAGCUUGUAAUCCAGAUUACAUUACAAUGGAGAUUUUGAAUGAUUGGUUUUCUGCAAUUGGUGAAGUUGACAAGUUGAAGCAAUUUGUGCAAGGAUUUCAAGUGUCUUCUUCUGCUGCUUAA